UUUUAAGGUACUGAAACUCUUUUUUUACAAAGCCAACAAAUCCCAUGCUAUGAAAACCUGCAGGGGAUUUUUGUAAACUACCUUAAAUCUCUGUUUUACUGCUAUAUGAAAUAUCUGCUUAUUUUAGCCAUAUAUAAUUAAGUCUACUCGCGCUUUAAUCAGAAAUUAAUUAAAUACAGUUAAAAGAAAAUUCUGAAAUCGAGUAUGUUUUGCCGGACUGUUGACCCUCUGCAGAGAAACCCUGUAAGAGAGGGGAGGAGGAGAAGGAGGGGUUUGUUUAGAUAGCAGGAGGAGAGUGAUGAAGAUGCAAAGGGGACGUUGCAGAGGAGGAAGCAGGCAGAUGAAAACAAACAGAGGAGCACCGACUGUGUCGUCCAGGUCUCAGGAUGUAGGGAUGACAUGCGAGGAGUGCACUCAGUCCCAAUGAGUGUGCCCGUCUCAGUGAACGCCGGAUGACUUGUUGGGUUUUCAAGGAUAGUGAAGGAGGAGAGGAGGAACCUGAGAAGCCCAACCCCCCUCCCUACACAACCACCACCUCCACAGAGGAUGACAGAGUAGUCCUUAUUCAGCACGGAGCCACAGCUUAACUAUAAGGUAAGUGAAGUGCAGAGUCAUUGUGUUUCCUCGUCUCUCUGCACAUGGGACAAGGACGUCACUGGUGAUCCCCAGCACUACUCACGGAUCAGAUGUUGUCCACGGCUCAGCAGAUGCUGCAGGAUAGCCGCUCAAAGAUCGAGCUGAUCCGACUGCAGUUUAUUAAAGUCACCCAGGCUGGCAGCAGCGGCAGCAGCGGCGGCGGCAACGGCAGAGAUGAUAAUGGAAGCAGUGGUUGUGAAAACCACAACAGCAUCAGCAACAGAGAGAUACCUCCACUAACUGUCAGUGCCACGGAAGCUCAUUUUGCGGAGUUACAGCAGCAGGUACAGAGAGAAACAGACGCUCUAGUUCUGGCCAAAGACGUGGUGAAGCAGCUGCAGAGCCUGUCAUCACUUGACCAGAAGGCUUUGGCUGAGGCCCAGGCCAGAGUUCUCGACUCCUCUCAGAAACUCCACCUCUUACGGCUAUCUCUUGAACAAUGUGUGAAGGAGACCAGUCAGAAACCUCCACAGCAGCCAGCAGGGGAUGCUAACAUCUCAGAGAGAAAGAACUCAAGUCCUGGGUGUCCCCUGUCCACCUCCUUGUCCACCUUCUCUAUGAGACCUGCAUCAGUGACUGGAAAACUUGAGGUCAGGCUUUUAGGAUGUGAGGAUUUACUGACCAACACACAGCAGGACAAAUGUCCCAGUGACAACGCACACAGGACAGAUGGACACGAAGCAGAGGUCGCUGCUGUGCUUAGGCUGGAUGGCAGGUUGGUUGGUCGGACACGCUGGGGAACAGUCAGCAAACUGAGCUGGGAUCAGACUUUCUGCACUCAGCUGGAGCGGUCUCGGGAGCUAGAGGUCAACAUUUUCUGGCGGGACCAAAGUGCAAUGUGUGCUGUCAAGUUCCUGCGACUAGAGGAAAUUAUGGAGGGCCAAAACCACAAGCAGGAGCUGAGUCUGGAGCCUCAGGGACUCCUUUACACCAAGCUUCAGUUCAUUGAUGCUGUUGUCGAGCGUCAGCCUAAACUGAGACGUCAGCGAUGUAUAUUCACGAAAGAAAGAGGUAAGAACUUCCUCAGAGCAGCACAGAUGAACAUGAACUUCUCCACCUGGGGUCACCUGAUGAUGAACAUCCUCCCUCGUUACACCACCUUCUCCACAUUCAGCUCCAGCCUCAGUGCAACCGCUGACAUGACAGCCAACAACUUGUCACAAGCCACAGGACAGGAGCCACAUGUCCAUGAUCCAGUGCCAAGUGAUGCUGCAGUGAAUAGACUCACCGUCAAUGAGGUUCAAGAUAUGGGUCCUGCCACAGACUUCAGCCAAAAUACAGAACCACCAGUCCUCAUGAUGCCUGAACACACAACAGCCUCCGAACCUGAGCUGCAAAAACAACAGUCCAUGAUAACUAACACACAAGAAACUGAAGAACAACCUAUUUCUGGACAAAAGAUGCAAAUGGAUGAUUUUAGGUAUAUAUCAGUUCUGGGCCGCGGACACUUUGGGAAGGUGUUGCUGGCAGAGUUCAAGAACACAGGAAAAUUGUACGCCAUCAAAGCAUUGAAGAAACGAGACAUUGUGACCCGUGAUGAAGUAGACAGCCUGAUGAGUGAGAAGAGGAUCUUUGAGAUGAUCAACGCGUCCAGACACCCCUUCCUGGUCAACCUCCACGGCUGCUUCCAGACCAGUGACCACGUCUGCUUUGUAAUGGAGUAUUUACCAGGAGGAGACCUCAUGAUCCACAUCCACAACAACGUCUUCACUGAGGCCCAGACCAGGUUUUACUCUGCCUGUGUUGUGCUGGGGUUAGAGUUCCUGCAUCUGAACAAAAUUAUCUAUCGAGAUCUGAAGUUGGACAACCUGCUGAUGGACUCAGAUGGUUUCGUGAAAAUCACUGACUUUGGACUUUGUAAAGAAGGCAUAGGUUUCGGUGACCGAACCUCAACUUUUUGUGGAACUCCAGAGUUUCUUGCUCCUGAAGUUCUGACGGAUGACAACUACACCCGGGCUGUGGACUGGUGGGGGAUGGGUGUCCUCAUCUACGAGAUGCUUGUGGGAGAGUCUCCGUUCCCUGGAGAGGACGAAGAGGAAGUGUUUGACAGCAUCGUCAACGAUGACGUUCAGUACCCAACUUCUCUACCACCUAACGCUGUCGCCAUCAUCCAAAAGCUCCUGAAGAGGAAUCCACUGAAAAGACUUGGAGCAGGAGAAAGAGAUGCCAAUGAGCUUAAAGGAGAGAAGUUUUUUGAGACAAUUGACUGGGAUGCACUUCUGGCCAAGAAGGCGACGCCUCCGUUCCUGCCUUCAAUCUCUGAGUCGGUGGAUGUCAGUAACUUUGACAGUGAGUUCACUUGUAUGCAGCCGGUUCUAUCUCCUCCGUCUAAGCCCUUUACUCUGUCGUCUGAGCAGCAGGAGGCGUUCGCUGACUUUGAUUUCUGUGCUCUGUACGGAUAA